GCAGGUCUACGCUGAGUGCAGAAGACGCAGCAGGAAUACACACACACACACACUCUCUCUCUCUCUCUCUCUCUCUCUCACACACACACACACACACACUCUCACUAUCUCAUACUCCAGCUCUCUCUCUCUCGCCUGGGAAAAUGACUCUGCAGGAGGAAUUUGAGAAAUAUGCGGACGAUGUAAAGAAAGUAAAGACCAGGCCGACUGACCAGGAGCUGCUGGACAUGUAUGGUCUCUAUAAGCAGGCCAUUGUUGGGGACAUUAACAUUGAUAAGCCUGGAAUUACAGAUUUGAAAGGAAAGGCCAAAUGGGAAGCAUGGAAUUCCAGGAAAGGCAUGUCCAAAGACGAUGCCAUGACUGCCUACAUUGGCUUGGCUAAGGAAAACAUCAAUAAGUAUGGAAAGUGAUCAUCGGGACGUCACAUUU